UGGUCAUAGACAUGGACAUGACUGUAAUGUUGUCUUUUCAAAAUUGAACGCAACAGAGAAAACUGGGAGGUUUGCUUUUUCGCUGUCGCCAGCAGAUGAAGAAUAUGUAAUAGCUGUGUUUAUGGCUGGUUUCGUUGAUGAGGAAUUGACGAUCAAAGGAAUUGAGCAGCAUCUGUUGUUGGAUGGGAGGCGUGGAUUUACAACAGUAUGGACCUAGACUCUAAGUCAGUGGAUACACCGCUAUAACUGCCAUAUAUUUUGCUCAUACUGCUGUCCUUCUGUAGAGGGAGGCUGAAAUACAUGAGACAAAUGAGAAGUACGCGCAGAAGAUCUGACACUAUUAUCUGCGAUUUGCUUUAAAAUAAUCAUUAUGAUAACCGGAACAUCCAAGAGUCCUCAUUGAACAUAACAAAUUAAAUCUUGGUUGACAUAGCAGGGAGUCAAAUGUUUGAACCUCUGACUUUGUGACCCGAUGUCUCUGUGACCCGAUGUCUCUGUGACCCGAUGUCUCUGCCAUUGAGAAAUAGGGAGCUCUUUAAUCUGAGCAUCCCCAUAGAGGCCAAUCAUUCAGACCCCAGACCGGAGACUGUCAAGGUGGAGAACUGGGCUGCUCUGCUCAUCGUUGUGGUCAUUUUCAUCACUGUGGCGGGCAACACCCUGCUAAUUCUGGCUGUGUCUCUUGAGAAGAAGCUGCAGAAUGCCACCAGCUUCUUCCUGCGUUCCCUGGCCGUGGCAGACAUGCUAGUGGGGUUUCUUGUCAUGCCGGUCUCACUCAUUAACAUUUUCUGUGACUACGUGUGGCACUUCCCCAAACUCCUCUGUCCCAUCUGGAUCUUCCUAGACGUGUUGCUCUCCACAGCAUCCAUCAUGCACCUGUGCGCCAUCUCACUGGACCGCUAUGUGGGCAUCUGUAACCCCAUCAAAUACACCCGCUCCAACUCCCUCUUCAAGGCCAAGGUUAAGAUCGCCCUGGUCUGGACCCUCUCCAUAUUGAUCUCCUUGCCCAUCCCUGUCAUUGGCCUGUAUAAUGACUCGAACGUGUUUGACGACAGGACCUGCGUACUAAACGAGAGACGCUUUGUCCUGGUGGCCUCCUUUGUGGCCUUCUUCAUCCCUUUGAUUAUCAUGGUGGUCAGCUACUGUCUGACCAUACGUGUGUUACAGCGUCAGGCCUCUGCUUUCCUGCAUGGAGGAGACCAGGCUUCCGUCAGCCGUCCUGUCUUACUCGGGAUCACCCCGCCGCCUCCCCAAGGAGACUGCCUGAACCUCCUCCAGCAGGACUCUGGUGGUCCCGAGUCCUCAACAGCUGUCGACGCCUCAGAGGUUUCCGUCUCUCAAGAAGGGAGGCGGGACCCGGGGGGAUCUGCCGGGAGGCCUUGCAUGGCUCAAUCGAUCAAAAAUGAGAGAAGAGCAUCCAAGGUCCUGGGUGUGGUGUUUUUCCUCUUCCUGGUUAUGUGGUGUCCAUUCUUCAUCACCAACGUGCUCAGCGCAUUAUGUGAAAUCUCAGAAGUAAGCCUGUGCAACAAGUCUGCCUUGACAGUGCUCCUGAGGGUUUUUGUUUGGGUGGGAUAUGUCUCGUCUGGUGUCAACCCAUUGGUCUACACUCUGUUCAACAGAACCUACAGACAUGCCUUCCAACGUUACCUAAAAUGUAUCUACGUCAACCCGACAGCCAAGAGCUCCGCAGCCAACCCCGUAUUUCCAGUCUGCAGUGUCCCACCUGUACUCAGCAGGGAAGGUACCAACAAUGGUAACCUCUACAAUGGAAAGUGCAUGUCAUUAAAGGAUGGACUUAGAUUUAGGGGAGAGGACGAAGGAUCUGGAAUGUUAGAGAAGUUGGUGAGUGUCUGUCCUGCCCCUGUUGAGCAUAUCAGCUGUGUCUGAUCUCGCUGGCUGGCCUUAUAGCCUGUCUCCUAAAAGCUCUAUCUCCUUCUGCAUACAAUGCAUUGUUGUGAAAAGGCGUUGCAGUCACGGUUUGAAUUCUCCUGCUCCACUCCCUAUUCAAACAAAUCAUCAAUGCUUGCACCCGUAAAAAUGAUAAGUAAUCCUAACGCAAUACUUUUGUAAAGCGUUAUUUUGUUCUAACAUCC